UAACACAUAGGCCAGUUGGUGCUCAGAGACACGGAGCAGCUUCCUGUGGCUUACUGGAGGCUGAUAUGAUAAGGUGUGGGGGGAGUAAUGACACAUUUACACAUUGCUAUGACACAUUAAAGGCUUGGGAAAACUGGAAAAGAGCUCUUUGUAGUUCUGCUGUUCAAACAUCUUCAAUAAUAAUAAUUUCAAUUUGAUGGCGGGCUAUUUUGCAUAGAAAACAUCCUGCUUCAAACCUGCUCAUUCAGAAUCGUGGCUUUAAAUAACUGAAAUGAAUGUCAUUUACCUACCAAUAGGCUACGGGCUGUGGCUGCUAGGCUGCCAGUGUGUCUUCUAGAGGUGUUGAAUUGGUACCUAGGGCUAGUUUAGGGCAGAGCCUUCCUAGGAAACAGCUCAGGCUCACCGCUACACAUGUUAUUUAUUCAGGGGACAAAGGGUGUCCUGUUCAUGGUGAUCCUGAGUGCCCUGCUUCCCUCACCACAGAGCAGCAGCAUAUUUCCAACCCCGCUCUGACGGCCCUGGUCUGCUACACCUACUCUCUAUCCACACACAUUCACUCCACCUCUAUCCACCCACCUUCUCUCCACCUCUAUCCACCCACCUUAACUCCACCUCUAUCCACCCACAUUCACUCCACCUCUAUCCACACACAUUCACUCCACCUCUAUCCACACACAUUCACUCCACCUCUAUCCACCUCUAUCCACCCACCUUCUCUCCACCUCUAUCCACCCACCUUCUCUCCACCUCUAUCCACCCACCUUCUCUCCACCUCUAUCCACCCACCUUCUCUCCACCUCUAUCCACCCACCUUCACUCCACCUCUAUCCACCCACAUUCACUCCACCUCUAUCCACACACAUUCACUCCACCUCUAUCCACCCACCUUCUCUCCACCUCUAUCCACCCACCUUCUCUCCACCUCUAUCCACCCACCUUCACUCCACCUCUAUCCACCCACCUUCACUCCACCUUCAUCUACCCACCUUUACUCCACCUCUAUCCACCCACCUUCACUCCACCUCUAUCCACCCACCUUCACUCCACCUUCAUCUACCCACCUUUACUCCACCUCUAUCCACCCACCUUCACUCCACCUCUGUCCACCCACCUUCACUCCACCUCUAUCCACCCACCUUCACUCCACCUCUGUCCACCCACCUUCACUCAACCUCUGUCCACCCACCUUCAUCCACCCACCUUCACUCCACCCCUGUGUACUCUAGUAACAACAAUUAACCUGUGUGCCAGAGUCAAUGACAUUGCUGGGAUUGUAAGUAUUGCUUGAUAAGAUUCAGGUUUAGCUCUUUGUGUUCAAUGUGUUUGUUCUGUUUUGUGUGUGGGGUAGUGUACAUAUAAUGUAAUGUAUUAAGGACUUUCCGUGUACUGAUCUCGGGAACAACAAGUCACUGAAACGUUAGUAUCCUGCCACCCCAGAUUUUUCUCAAUUUUUUAGUUAACGAUUUUGGGCACAAAUCUAAUGGCAUUUCCCAAUGGUCCAUUUUCUCAUUUGGUCAUGGAAAAAUGCUAAACGGAGGAAGGGUUGGAAAAGCAAAUGAAAAUCAGGAAAGAUGAGUGGAGCUGAAGACCUGCAGGACUUGUGAGAUGAUUGGUAGACCAUUGUCAUGUUAUCUUUUAUCUUACCGUUCAUAGGAAAAACACUUUUGUCCAAGUCUCAUCAUGUAUCCAAAAGUCCAUAAUUUUUUUUAUAGAACACAUGUUGUAACAGAUUAUAUUGAGCUUUUAAACCUCCAAUUACAAGUAUUCAGACCCCUUGACUUUUUCAACAUUUUGUUAUGUUACAGCCUUAUUCUUAAAUGUAUUAAAUUGUUUUUCUUCCUCAUCAACCUACACACAAUACCCCAUAAUGACAAAGCAAAAACAGGUUUUUAGAUAUUUUUUUUGCAAAAAAAAAAAAAAAAAACAACAAAUAAUGAAAUAUUACAUUUACAUAAGUAUUCAGACCCUUUACUCAGUACUUUGUUGAAGCACCUUUGGCAGCGAUUACAGCCUCGAGUCUUCUUGGGUAUGACGCUACAAGCUUGGCACACCUGUAUUUGGGGAGUGUCUCCCAUUCUUCUCUGCAGAUCCUCUGAAGCUCUGUCAGGUUGGAUGGGGAGUGUCGCUGCACAGCUAUUUUCAGGUCUCUCCAGAGAUGUUCGAUCAGUUUCAAGUCCGGACUCUGGCUGGGCUACUCAAGGACAUUCAGAGACUUGUCCCGAAGCCACUCCUGCGUUGUCUUGGCUGUGUGGUUAGGGUCGUUGUCCUGUUGGAAGGUGAACCUUCACCUCAGUCUAAGGUCCUGAGCGCAGGUUUUCACCUGAUUGGUGGCAGUGCUUUAGAGACGGUUGUCCUUCUGGAAGGUUCUCACAUCUCCACGGAGGAACUCUGGAGCUCUGUCAGAGUUACCAUCGGGUUCUUGGUCACCUGGUGGUUCCAAAACGUUUUUUGGUAUCCUUCCUCAGAUCUGUGCCUCGACACAAUCCUGUCUCGGAGCUCUACGGACAAUUCCUUCGACUUCAUGGCUUGGUUUUUGCUCUAACAUGCUCUGUCAACUGUGGGACCUUAUACAGUAUAUACAGGUGUGUGCCUUUCCAAAUCAUGUACAAUUAAUUGAUUUUACAACAGGUGGACUACAAUCAAGUUAUAGAAACAUCUCAAGGAUGAUCAAUCCAUUUUGAGUCUCAUAGCAAAGGGUCUGAAUACUUAUGUAAAUAAGGUAUUUCUGUUUUUUAUUUUUAAAACAUUUGCCAACAUUUUCUUUAUUUUAUUUGAGCAAAAAAGUCUAAAACCCUGUUUUUUCUAAUUUAAUCAAUUUUAGGACAAGGCUGUAAUGUAACAAAAUGUGGAAAAAGUCAAGGGGUCUGAAUACUUUCCGAAUGCACUGUAUGUAAGAAUGCUGUUCAUUGACUAUAGCUCAGCCUUCAACACCAUAGUACCCUCCAAGCUCAUCAUUAAGCUCGGGUCCUUGGGUCUGAACCCCGUCCUGUGCAACUGGGUCCUGGACUUCCUGACGGGCCGCCCCACAGGUGGUGAUGGUAGGAAACAACACCUCCACUUCGCUGAUCCUCAACACUGGGGCCCCACAAGGGUGCAUGCUCAGCCCCCUCCUGUACUCCCUGUUCAUCCAUGACUGCCUGGCCACGCACGCCUCCAACUCAAUCAUCAAGUUUGCAGACGACACAACAGUACUAUGCCUGAUUACCAACAAUGUUCGAGACAGCCUACAGGGAGGAGGUGAGGGCCCUGGCGGAGUGGUGCCAGGAAAAUAACCUCUCCCUCAACAUCAACAAAACGAAAGAGCUGAUCGUGGACUUCAGAAAACAGCAGAGGGAGCACGCCCCUAUCUACAUCGACGGGACCGCAGUGGAGAAGGUGGAAAGCUUCAAGUUCCUCGGCAUACACAUCACUGACAAUCUGAAAUGGUCCACCCACACAGACAGUGUGGUGAAGAAGGUGCAACAGCAGCUUGAGCUUGGCCCCUAAGACCCUCACAAACUUUUACAGAUGCACAAUUGAGAGCAUCCUGUCGGGCUGUAUCACAGCCUGGUAGGGCAACUGCAGGGCUCUUCAGAGGGUGGUGCAGUCUGCCCAACGCAUCAUCGGGGGCACACUGCCUGCCCUCCAGGACACCUACAGCACCCGAUGUCACAGGAAGGCCAAAAAGAUCAUCAAGGACACCAACCACACAAGCCACUGCCUGUUCACCCCGCUAUCAUCCAGAAGGCGAGGUCAGUACAGGUGCAUCAAAUCUGGGACAGAGAGACUGAAAAACAGCUUCUAUCUCAAGGCCAUCAGACUGUUAAAUAGCCAUCCCUAGCCGGCUACCACCCGGUUAUUCAACCCUGCACCUUAGAGGCUGCUGGCCCAUAUACAUAGACAUGGAAUCACUGGUCACUUUAAUAAUGUUUACAUACUGCUUUACUCAUUUUAGUCAAUACCACUCUGACAUUGGUCCUAAUAUUUCUAUAUUUCUUAAUUCCAUUCUUUUACUUUUAGAUUUCAGUGUAUUGUUGUGAAUUGUUAGAUACUACUGUGCUGUUGGAGCUAGGAACACAAGCAUUUCACUACACCCCCAAUAACAUCUGCUAAAUAUGUGUAUGUGACCAAUCAAAUGUGAUUUAAUUUGAUUGUAUGCUUGGAUUUCAUUUUCACCCAAAACAUGUUUGACAGUAGCCAAUGACAAGUUAUGUGAAUGUGGGAGUAAUAUUUGGCAUUCUUUUUUGACAGAUUCCAUCUAACUUUCCCAAGGCCUGUUAUCACAUACUACUGGCCACAGUGAAACCAUCACCUUGGAUGACCUUUCUAUGAUGACCUUAUGUGACUUGGCUUGAAUUUACUGAAAUGGCAACUAGCCUGAUAAACUGUUGACAACUGAACGGACAACUUUACUGAAAUGACUCUUUCAUGCCACAGAAUCUGGUUGCUCGUUUCAGUUUUUUUUCUAAAGAAGCCUCAGGAUAUAAUUUAGGUGCUAUCUCAUGUUUCUUUCAGGAAUUCUAAUAUUAGCCUAUUAAACAUUUUUUCCGACUUUAUUUCCGAACCCUUCAACUCUUCGCCUCUAGUCUGAGUCUAGACUGAGACUACAAUCCUCACAGUCUCCAAGUUGCUGGUUUAUCAUUUAAAACAUUUUCUUAGAAAUUCUUAAAUUGCCACAGGGGCAGUGCUUGUGUACAUGAGUUUCUUUUGAUCUUCUGGCUGUAUCACCCUCUCUCUGGGUGAUGAGGUACAGCAGAUCUCUCUCACUCCUUCGUAAUGUAGCAUUGUCCACGAUUUACCCAGUUUCAUCAGUUCUGCUUGACUGCUUAAAGCUUGUCGUCUACACUUAGAUAAAAAGGGAUCCAAAAUGGUUCUUCGGCUGUCCCAAUAGGAUAACCCUUUUUGGUUCCAGGUAGAACCCUUUUGGGUUCCAGGUAGAACCCCUUUGGGUUCCAUGAAGAACCCUCUGUAGAAAGGCUUCUACAUGGAACCCAAAAGGGUUCUACCUGCAACCAAAAAGGGUUUUUACAAAGGGUUCUCCUUUUAAGGUUCUAGAUUUUCUAAGAGUGUAGUUAGACAAACAAAUUCACAGCAUGGCCAAGCUAUAGGCCUACCUCAGGUAUAUUACUAUAUCAUUUAUCAUUGACUUCCAUGCAUUUGUAUGAACUUCGAAGGAAGUGUAUGAAUAAACAAUGUUAUCAAUUGAAAACGAGGGUUGGUUCUUAGUGAACGCAUGCCUCCUGGCAGGAAUGUUGCUCUCUGUGAAAGGACAUGUAACAAAGCAAUGAGCGUAGGGGUUGAAUGCAUGAAUACCAAACAUGUUCUCACACACACACAUUCUGAAUUGAAAUAUCACUCUCCACCUUUCGCUCUGUUCGUGUUACAUUUGUGUUAGUGGGUCGGAGUGCGGAGCCCAUGCGUUUGUGUGCAUACAGGACCAAGUAUGUACACAGGGAGUGGACUCAGAAUUCUUCCUUAAUCUACAGACAAAGGGAGAAAAGGGCCUUGUCUUUGACUCUUAUUGCCAAGCGCUCUAUAGACUGUUCCUAUUUAAAUAAAUGGAGUGUGAAGUUGUGAACUGGCAGAGGGGUGGAUAUCUCAGCACAGCUAACUGCACAACUAGCAGUACAGGCUACAAUCCAGUGGGUCUUGGACAUGCAGUACUGUGGUGAGAAUGGCUCCCUCUCCUCCUUGCAGAAAUGUGCUAGUAUGUAGAAAAUGUCCUGUAUUUGUAUUCUGUAAAUAAAGUGCUUAGAGCUGAUAGACAAAUCUACUCUGUCUUUAGAUGUUGAUCGUGUUCCCCUCUCUUUUGUUUCAACCGAACCCCCUAGCACAGGAUGAAGGGUCGGACAGACGCCCCACGCGAUAGGUGAGUGUCUACCUUUUUACUGAUUUGAGAGUCAUGAUUCGUUUUUCUGAGUGACUCCUUAAUUUUAGUCGUUCGUUUGAACUGCAUGAUCGGAAAAUAGAUCAUGCUGCAGACUGCAUAGAGAAGAAAAAUAUGUUUAGAACUAUAAUUGAUCGCAUGGUGCAAGAAUGAAUGCAAUUAAUUGAUUAUUGAAUUUAAUGAUGGACACCGCUUUGUAGAACCAAAACAUACACAGCCUCUGCUCAACAAACUCGAACACAAGAACGAAUAGUUUGGGGGUCUGCAGUUCGCGAACAAUAUUGUGCUUAUCACCCUCACGGCAGUCAAGUAAUGCAUUUCUGAAAAGGGACUCUGUACUGUUUUUCAACCUAUGAAAGUAGUGACUAGAUUACAUUUCCAAUGUACUUUUAUAAAAUCCACUAAUGAUCCCUGGCUGGUAGCACUUUAUUUCACGGUACAUAAAUUACUUGCUAUUUAUAAAGAAAUGACACGGUAAAUACACAUCAAUAACCUAUGAAUGACUUGUUUGUUUCUAAUCUUUUCCUCCCCAGGGGCUGGUUGGUGGGGAUCAUCUUCUUCAUCCUCGGUGUCGGGACGCUGCUACCAUGGAACUUCUUCAUGACCGCCUCCAUGGUAAACCUAUCAUCCAUCUAUAACCACAGGUCCAGGAUCAGAUAGUUAUUCAACCCCUUAAAGGCUACAGUUAGGCUAUAGGGUAGAUCUGAUGCUAGAUCGGUUGUUUUGGGAAACUUUAGACGGAUCUAGGAUCAGAUCUACUUUGGCUCAGGUUCAACACUGUAUCAUACAAACACACAAAGUAGAACAUUGGCUUCUUAGGGAAUUAACUUGAAAAGUAAGUUGUUUUUGAAAACUGUUAUUUUACCCGGUAAGUUGACUGAGAACACAUUCUCAUUAACAGCAACGACCUGGGGAAUAGUGACAGGGGAGAGGAGCCAAUUGGAAGCUGGGGAUGAUUAGGUGUCCUUGAUGGUCAGAUUGGGAAUUUAGCCAGGACAACGGGGUUAACAACCUUACUCUUACGAUAAGUGCCAUGGGAUCUUUAGUGACCACAGAGAGUCAGGACACCCAUUUAACAUCCCCAAUCACUGCCCUGGGGCAUUGGGAUAUAUAUAUUUCAUUUUUUUUUUACCAGAGAAAAGAGUGCCUCUUACUAGCCCUCCAACACCACUUCCAGCAUCAUCUGGUCUCCCAUCCAGGACCAACCCUGCUUAGCUUCAGAGGCAAGCCAGCAGUGCGAUGCAGGGUGGUAUGCAGUUAGCCCUAAGUGUCCGAUGCUGUUUGUAUGUGUGUUUACGUAACUGUACAGUACCAGUCAAAAGUUUGGACACACCUACUCAUUCAAGGGUUUUUCUUUAUUUUACACAUUGUAGAAUAAUAGUGAAGACAUCAAAACUAUGAAAUAACACAUAUGGAAUCAUGUAGUAACCAAAAAAUUGUUUAAAAAAAUACAUUUUAUAUUUGAGAUUCUUCAAUUAGCCAACCUUUGCCUUGAUGACAGCUUUGCACACUCUUGGCAUUCUCUCAACCAGCUUCAUGAGGUAGUCACCUGGAAUGCAUUUCUGUAGCUCAGCUGGUAGAGCACGGCGCUUGUAACGCCAGGGUAGUGGGUUCGAUCUCCGGGACCACCCAUACACAAAAAACAUAUGCACGCAUGACUGUAAGUCGCUUUAGAUAAAAGCGUCUGCUAAAUGGUAUAUUAAUUAACAGGUAUGCCUUCUUAAAAGUUAAUUUGUGGAAUGUAUUUCCUUCUUAAUGCGUUUGAGCCAAUCAGUUGUGUUGUGACAAGAUCUUAACCAGAGCGACUUACAGGAGCAAUUAGGGUUAAGUGCCUUGCUCAAGGGCACAUUAACGUCAUUUAGCAGACGCUCUUAGCCAGAGCGACUCACAAAUUGGUGCGUUCACCCUAUAGCCAGUGGGAUAACCACUUUACAAUUUGGGGGGGGGGGGGGGGGGGUUAGAAGGAAUACUUUAUCCUAUCCCAGGUAUUCCUUAAAGAGGUGGGGUUUCAAAUGUCUCCGGAAGGUGGUGAGUGACUCCGCUGUCCUGGCGUCGUGAGGGAGCUUGUUCCACCAUUGGGGUGCCAGAGCAGCGAACAGUUUUGACUGGGCUGAGCGGGAGCUGUGCUUCCGCAGAGGAAGGGGAGCCAGCAGGCCAGAGGUGGAUGAACGCAAUGUCCUCGUUUGGGUGUAGGGACUGAUCAGACCCUGAAGGUACAGAGGUGCCGUUCCCCUCACUGCUCCAUAGGCAAGCACCAUGGUCUUGUAGCGGAUGCGAGCUUCAACUGGAAGCCAGUGGAGUGUGCGGAGGAGGGGGGUAAAGUGAGGAGACUUGGGAAGGUUGAACACCAGACGGGCUGCGGCAUUCUGGAUGAGUUGUAGGGGUUUAAUGGCACAGGCAGGGAGCCAGCCAACAGCGAGUUGCAGUAUUCCAGACGGGAGAUGACAAGUGCCUGGACCAGGACCUGCGCCGCUUCCUGUGUAGGCAGGGUCGCACUCUCCGAAUGUUGUAGAGCAUGAACCUGCAGGAGCGGGUCACCGCCUUGAUGUUGGCGGAGAACGACAGGGUGUUGUCCAGGGUCACGCCUAGGCUCUUCGCACUCUGGGAGGAGGACACAGCGGAGUUGUCAACCGUGAUGGCGAGAUCAUGGAACGGGCAGUCCUUCCCCGGGAGGAAGGUAGGAGGGGUAUACGGAAGAUAGUCCUAUUUGGUAAUAGACUAAGUCCAUAUUAUGACAAGAACAGCUCAAAUAAGCAAAGAGAAACGACAGUCCAUCAUUACUUUAAGACAUGAAGGUCAGUCAAUACGGAAAAUGUCAAGAACUUUGAACGUUUCUUCAAGUGCAGUCGCAAAAACCAUCAAGCGCUAUAAUGAAACUGGCUCUCAUGAGGACCGCCACAGGAUAGGAGGACCCAGAGUUACCUCUGCUGCAGAGGAUAAGUUCAUUAGUUACCAGCCUCAGAAAUUGCAGCCCAAAUAAAUGCUUCACGGAGUUCAUGUAACAGACACAUCUCAACAUCAACUGUUAAGAGGGGACUGUGUGAAUCAGACCUUCGUGGUCGAAUUGCUGCAAAGAAACCACUACUAAAGUACACCAAUAAGAAGAAGAGACCUGCUUGGGCCAAGAAACACGAGCAAUGGACAUUAGACCGGUGGAAAUUUGUCCUUUGGUCUGGAGUUAAAAUUUGAGAUUUUUGGUUCAAACCGCUGUGUCUUUGUGAGACGCAGUGUGGGUGAACGGAUGAUCUCCGCAUGUGUAGUUCCCACCGUAAAGCAUGGAGGAGGAGGUGUUAUGGUGUGGGGGUGCUUUGCUGGUGACACCGUCUGUGAUUUAUUUAGAAUUCAAGGCACACUUAACCAGCAUGGCUACCACAGCAUUCUGCAGCGAUACGCCAUCCAAUCUGGUUUGGGCUUAGUGGGACUAUCAUUUGUUUUUCAACAGGACAAUGACCCAACACACCUCCAGGCUGUGUAAGGGCUAUUUUACCAAGAAGGAGAGUGAUGGAGUGCUGCAUCAGAUGACCUGGCCUCCACAAUCCCCUGGCCUCAACCCAUUUGAGAUGGUUUGGGAUGAGUCGGAUGGCAGAGUGAAGGAAAAGCAGCCAACAAGUGCUCAGCAUAUGUGGGAACUCCUUCAAGACUGUUGGAAAAGCAUUCCGCGUGAAGCUGGUUGAGAGAAUGCCAAGAGUGUGCAAAGUUGUCAUCAAGGCAAAGGGUGGCUAUUUGAAGAAUCUCAAAUAUAAAACAUAUUUUGAUUUGUUUAACACUUUUUUUGGUUAAUACAUGAUUUCAUAUGUGUUAUUUCAUAGUUUUGAUGUCUUCAAUAUUAUUCUACAAUGUAAGAAAUAGUAAAAAUAAAGAAAAACCCUUGAAUGAGUAGGUGUGUCCAAACGUUUGACUGGUACUGUAUGUGUGGCAGGUGGCAGGUAGCAUUGUGGUUAACAGCAUUGGGCCGGCAACCGAUGCUGGUUCGAAUCCCAGUCGACUAGCUUAAAAAUCUGUUGAUAUGCACUUGAGCAAGGCACUUCACCCUAAUUGAUCAUGUAAGUCGCUUUGGAUAAGAGCGUCUGCUAAAUAACUAAAAUGUAAAUGGGUAAUGUACAUGUAAUCAGUUACUUCCCAACCCUGGUGACUGGCCACCUGGUGUUUUCUAGGUCACUAGGUACCGGUAUGUUGAAGUUAACCGCUCGCUGUGUGGUUAGAGGCCCCCUUAACUCUAAAACAUAACAUGAAUGUUCCACGUAGCUGUGUGGUCAACCAUGUGACCAGGUUGUGUGUGUACAGACUCUUAGGCCUAGCUCUCUGAACAUUAAAACGUCAAACCCCACAACAUUCCCCUAGGGUAAGCUUUGAUUCUUGGUAUACCCUACACUUCUGUAUAACUACUUAAGGAAUAGGCCUAUUUGUAUUGGAACGAGUGACUUGUGACAAACAACAUCGUAUUUUUAAUUUUUAGUGAUCCAAUUGACAUUUUAGUCAUUUAGCAGACGCUCUUAUCCCGAGCGAUUUACAAUUAGUGAGUGCAUACAUUUUUCAUACUGGCCCCCCGUGGGAAAAAAUGUAUUGAUUGUUAAUGUAAACUAAACUGGGUAGUCUCAUGCGUCUUGUGUGGCUCAGUUGGUAGCGCAAACGCCAGGAUCGUGGGAUCGAUUCCUGCUGGGGCCACCUAAACCAACAUUUGGUUGAAAGGGAAAGGGGGAUACCUGGUCAGUUGCACAACUGAAUGCAUUCAACUGAAAUGUGUCUUCCGCAUUUAACCCAACCCCUCUGAAUCAGAGAGGUGCGGGGGGCUGCCUUAAUCGACAUCCAUGUCAUCGGUGCCCGGGGAACAGUGGGUUAACCGCCUUGCUCAGGGACAGAAUGACAAAAUGGCAAAUAUGAUUAUUUAUCUCUGUCUCUUCUGUCAUUUAGUAUUUCAACAGCCGCCUCAACAAGACCGAACGGAGCAACGGCACGGUGGUCUCCAACAAAGAGUACUACUUCAACAACUGGAUGACUCUGUUGUCCCAGCUCCCCCUGCUGCUCUGCACUCUGCUCAACUCUUUCUUCUAUCAGCGGUGAGACAACACUUCUUCUCUCAGGUUUACAAGUCAUCCAAAUGCCCUUCCAAGCAACACCCUUCUAUUGAACACUUGGCUGAUGAUCUAGUGUGUGUGUAAACAACCCUUUUGAGUUGGCCAUUUUAUUCAACUGCAAAAAGGUGCAAAAAAACCUAUUUGCUUUGCAAUACAGUGGAUUUUAGGGGGGCUUUACUUUAUAGAAAAAUAUGUCAUACUCUGUAUGUGUAACUUGCUACGCUCUAAUCCAGUGAGAUUGAGAACUAACGUUUUGUGUGUUUGUGCGUAGGAUAUCAGAGAUGGUGCGGAUAGCGGGUAGCCUGGUCUUCAUUUUCAUCCUCUUCAUCCUCACUGCCAUCCUGGUCAAGAUCCCGAUGGAGGAGGACCGCUUCUUCUCUGUUACCAUGGCUACCAUCUGGUUCAUCAACUGUGAGUAGGACAUGAUUUUGUGGGUGGGUGGGUGGGUGGGUGGGGGGAGAAUCAUUGUGUGUGUGGCUGAGUAAGGUGUGUGUUUGACUGGGUAUUGUGUGGUUGGUGGCGGGGGGGAAUCAGGUUGUAUGUGUGGGUGGAAUUGUGUGUAUGUGUGUGUCUGAGUAAGAUGUGUGUGUGUGACUGGGUGUUGUGUGUGUGUGUGUGCACGCUAUAUCAAUAACUCUCUCUCUCUCUCUCUCUCUCUCUCUCUCUCUCUCUCUCUCUCUCUCUCUCUCUCUCUCUCUCUCUCUCUCUCUCUCUCUCCUCUCUCUCUCUCUCUCUCUCUCUCUCUGUCUCUGUCUCUGUCUCUGUCUCUCUCUCUGUGUCUCUCUCUCUUUCUCUCUCUCUCUCUCGCUCUCUCUCUCUCUCUCUCUCUCUCUCACUCUAUCCUUAUAGCGUUUGGAGCGGUGUUACAGGGCAGUCUGUUUGGCCUGGUGGGUCUGCUGCCUCAGAAGUACAGUGCUGUGUUCAUGAGUGGCCAGGGGUUGGCCGGCACCUUCGCUGCUAUCGCCAUGCUGGUCUCCAUAGCCAGUGAGUCACACACACAAAUAAAUAUCUAGAACCCACAAAUAUACAAAGAACUACUUGGAAAGAAACAUGCACAACUCACGUCAGAGAUGCUCAGUGGCUGAAUUAUUCCAAAAUCAUGGUAAUUAAUAUGGAGUUGGUCCCCCUCUUGCUGCUAUAACAGCCUCCACUCUUCUGGGAAGGCUUUCAACUACAUGUUGGAACAUUGCUGCAGGGACUUGCUUCCAUUCAGCCACAAGAGCAUUAGUGAGGUAGGGCACUGAUGUUGGACGAUUAGGCCUGGCUCGCUGUCUGCGUUCCAAUUAAUCCCAAAGGUGUUCGAUGGAGUUGAGGUCAGGGCUCUGUGCAGGCUAGUCAAGUUCUUCCACACCGAACUCAACAAACCAUUUCUAAAAGGACCUCAUUUUGUGCACGGGGGCAUUGUCAUGCUGAAACAUGAAAGGGCCUUCCCCAAACUGUUGCCACAAAGUUGGAAGCACAGAAUCGUCUAGAAAAUAAUUGUAUGCUGUAGUGUUAAGAUUUCCCUUCACUGGAACUAAGGGGCCUAGACUGAACCAUGAAAAACCGCCCCAGACCAUUAUUCCUCCUUCACCAAACUUUACAGUUGGCACUAUGCAUUCGAGCAGGUAGCGUUCUCCUGGCAUCCGCCAAACCCAGAUUCAUCCGUCCGAAGUCCAGAUGGUCAAAUCAAAUCAAAUUUUAUUUUUCACUUGUGCCGAAUACAACAGGUGUAGACCUUACCGUGAAAUGCUUACUUACAAGCCCAUUAACCAACAAUGCAGUUCAAAAUAUUUACUAAAUAAACUAAAGUAAUUUUUUAAAUAAAAAGUAACACAAUAACAUAACAGUAACAAGGCUAUAUACAGGGGGUACAGUUACCGAGUCAGUGUGCGGGGGUACAGGUUAGUCUAGGUCAUUUGUACAUGUAGGUAGGGGUAAAGGGACUAUGCAUAGAUAAUAAACAGCGAGUAGCAGCAGGGGGGUCAAUGUUAAUAGUCUGGGUGGCCAUUUGAUUAAUUAUUCAGUAGUGGCUUGGGGGUAGAAGCUGUUAAGGAGCCUUUUGGUCCUACACUUGGCACUCCGGAUACCGCUUGCCAUGCGGUAGCAGAGUGAACAGUGUAUGACUUGGGUGACUGGAGUCUUUGACCAUCUCUGGGGCCUUCCUCUGACACCGCCUAGUAUAUAGGGGCUGGAUGGCAGGAAGCUUGGCCCCAGUGAUGUACUGGGCCGUAGGCACUACCCUCUGUAGCGCCUUAUGGUCAAAUGCUGAGCAGUUGCCAUUCCAGGCGGUGAUGCAACCGGUCAGGAUGCUCACUUGUGCAGCUGUAUAACUUUUUGAGGAUCUGGGGACCCAUGCCAAAUCUUUUCAGUCUCCUGAGGGGAAAGGUGUUGUCGUGCCCUCUUCACAACUGUCUUGGUGUGUUUGGAACAUGAUAGUUCGUUGGUGAUGUGGACACCAAGGAACUUGAAACACUCGACCCGCUCCACUACAGCUCUGUUGAUGUUAAUGGGGGCCUGUUUGGGCCGCCUUUUCCUGUAUUCCACGAUCAGCUCCUUUGUCUUGCUCACAUUGAGAGAGAGGUUGUUGUCCUGGCACCACACUGCCAGUUCUCUGACCUCCUCCCUAUAGGCUGUCUCAUCGUUGUCGGUGAUCAGGCCUACCACUGUUGUGUCGUCAGCAAACUUAAUGAUGGUGUUGGAGUCGGGUUUGGCCACGCAGUAGUGGGUGAACAGGGACUACAGGAGGGGACUAAGCACGCACCCCUGAUGGGCCCCAGUGUUGACGAUCAGCGUGGCGGAUGUGUUGUUGCCUACCCUUACCACCUGGGGGCGGCCCAUCAGGAAGUCCAGGAUCCAGUUGCAGAGGGAGGUGUUUAGUCCCAGGGUCCUUAGCUUAGUGAUGAGUUUUGAGGGCACUAUGGUGUUGAAUGCUGAGCUGUAGUCAAUGAAUAGCAUUCUCACAUAGGUGUUCCUUUUGUCCAGGUGGGAAAUGGCAGUGUGAAGUGCGAUUGAGAUAGCAUCAUCUGUGGAUCUGUUGGGGCGGUAUGCGAAUUGGAGUGGGUCUAGGGUUUCCAGGAUGAUGGUGUUAAUAUGAGCCAUGACCAGCCUUUCAAAGCACUUCAAUUCGACCUAUGUGAGUGCUACGGGGCGGUAAUCAUUUAGGCAGGUUACCUUUGCUGGAGAAGCGAAUUCAUCACUCGAGAGAACGCGUUUCCACUGCUCCAGAGUCCAAUGGCGGCGAGCUUUACACCACUCCAGCCGAUGCUUGGCAUUGCGCAUGGUGAUUUUAGGCUUGUGUGCGGCUGCUCGGCCAUGGAAACCCAUUUCAUGAAGCUCCCGACGAACAGUUCUUGUGCUGACGUUGCUUCCAGAGGCAGUUUGGAACUCGGUAGUGAGUGUUGCAACUGAGGACAGGCGAUUCUUAUGCACUUCAGCACUCGGCGGUCCUGUUCUAUGAGCUUGUGUGGCCUACCACUUUGCGAAUGAGCCAUUUUUGCUCCUAGACAUUCCCACUUCACAAUAACAGCACUUACAGUUGACCGGGGCAGCUCUAGCAGGGCAAAAAUUUGACGAACUGACUUGUUGGAAAGGUUGAAUGUCACUGAGGUUGAAUGUCACUGAACUCUUCAGUAAGGCCAUUCUGCCAAUGUUUGUCUAUGGAGAUUGCAUGGCUGUAUCCUCGAUUUUUUUACACCUGUCAGCAACAGGUGUGGCUGAAAAUAAGCCAAAUCCACUAAUUUGAAGGAGUGUCCACAUACUUUUGUAUAUACAGUGCCUUCGGAAAGUAGUCAGACCCCUUUACUUUUUCCACAUUUUGUUACGUUACAGCCAUCUCCACCAGGAUGGUCUGACUACCCGAUGGUCACUCUGACAGAACUCCAGAGUUCCUGUGUGGAGAUGGGAGAACCUUCCAGAAGGACAACCAUCUCUGCAGCACUCCACCAAUCAGGCCUUUAUGGUAGAGUGGCCAGACAGAAGCCACUCCUCAGUACAAGGUGCAUGACAGCCCGCUUGGAGUUUGCCAAAAGUUACCUAAAGACUCUCAGACCAUGAGAAACAAGAUUCUCUGGUCCAAUGAAACCAAGAUUGAACUCUUUGGCCUGAAUGCCAAGUGUCACGUCUGGAGGAAACCUGGCACCAUCCCUACGGUGAUCAUCAUUCUGUGGGGAUGUUUUUCAGGGGCAGGGACUGGGAGACUAGUCAGGUUUGAGGGAAAGAUUAACGGAGCAAAGUACAGAGAGAUCCUUGAUGAUAACCUGCUCCAGAGCGCUCAGGACCUCAGACUGGGGUGAAGGUUCACCUUCCAACAGGACAACGACCCUAAGCACACAGCCAAGACAACGCAGGAGUGGCUUCGGGACAAGUCUCUGAAUGUCCUUGAGUGGCUCAGCCAGAGCCCGGACUUGAAGCCGAUCGAACAUCUCUGGACAGACCUGAAAAUAGCUUUGCAGCAACGCUCCCCAUCCAACCUGACAGAACUUGAGAGGAUCUGCAGAGAACAAUGGGAGAAACUCCCCUAAUACAGGUGUGCCAAGCUUGUAGCGUCAUACCCAAGAAGACUCGAUGCUGUAAUCGCUACCAAAGGUGCUUCAACAAAGUACUGAGUAAAGGGUCUGAAUACUUAUGUAAAUUAGAUAUAUAUAUAUAUAUUUUUUUUUUAAAUCUAAAAACCUGUUUUUGCUUUGUCAUUAUGGGGUAUUAUGUGUAGAUUGUAGAAUAUGGCUGUAACGUAACAAAAUGUGGAAAAAGUCAAGUUGUCUGAAUACUUUCCAAAGGCAUAGGUUAGGUGUGUAUAUUUGCUUUGUAUAGAUGGAUAUUUGAACAUUAUCUAUGAUUGAAUGCCUAUCUUGCAAAACAAUAGAGGAUCACAAUGGAAAAAGUCUCUAGACUUUUUCGUGUACAUAUCUAUAUAUCUUCAAGUUAUGCUAUAUGUAUAUUUUGCCUGGUGUAACAUUUUUAUGUAUUUUGAAUUGUCAAAAAAAAAAAAAAAAGGAUAGACAAUUGAGUAUGAUGUGGCCUUUGGAACUCCACUUGUAAGUAGUUUUCUGACCUCUCCUUUCUCUUUCCUGUGUGUGUGUGUGUGUGUGUAACAGGUGACACGGACCCUGAGACGGCUGCGUUGGGUUACUUCAUCACGCCGUGCGUAGGAACCCUGAUCACUCUGCUUAGCUACCUCCUACUGCCUCGCUUGGUGAGUGGCUCAGCUCUACAGGACUAGAAUGUAAUAGAACCACUGAUAGAUACCACAGGUUGGGCCUCAGAACAGACCCUGUAUCCCCCAGGGCUGUAGCUAACCAUAUGGCAGUAUGGUAUGACUAUGUUUUAUCUAAGGAAUCUGUGUUCGUGUUCAGGGAAUGUUCAGUCUGUCUCAUUUGGCCUCUGCGCCGGUCUCAUCCAGGAGUUUUCCCAGUUCUACUUGGACAAGAGCAGGAGUUAUGAGGUGGAGACCACAGAUGAGCUGCUGAAAGGUGAGGCUGCUGAAAGCUGUGAGAUUCAUAGUGAAAGAUGUGGAUUAUUUUGUGCUUAUAUAUCUCACCAAUGACCAUCCACUUUAUGUAGGCCCUAACAGUUUGUGGGCACCGUUUGUCACCGUUAUAAUGCAAUAAUGUAUUGUUUAGUGUUGUGUUGUGUAGUGGCUUUGCUGGCGUGCAUCCCCAACAUGUUUUUGUUUUGUUGCCCCACUAAGAUUUACAUGCUAAAAUCGCCACUGUUUACAUUCCAUGAAACUUUUGAAAAAAACAUGCAGGGCUUGACAUUAACCUGUUUAUCCACUUGUCCUUCAGACAAGGAGGUGACUGAAAAUGUUGUUGUUGUUUGAUGCAAGAAACCACUUUACAAAAUAUUAUACAUUAUUAUUCCCAUACCAUUAUUACAGAGAAUCAGACAAAUUAUGCUACCCUCUUCCUAUUGGCUACUUAGCUUAUUCAAGCCUGUCUCAAAAUACAACAUUGCCCCUUUAAGACAAGAAAAAGCUCUUUACCUGACUCAGAGUUUUGUGCUCUUGUAGAAAGAAAUCACUCCCCUAUUGCUGACUACACAUUAUCAAUAACUGGGCUAAUAACUCACUAACUAGCUAAGGAUAUUAACAAUGUGCACACCUGGCUACAUGCAGCUCUCGCUUUGAUCUCAAAACAAGUGCAUCUACUGACCGCUCAUGCUGUAAACAGUCCAGUUCAAAGUAAAUGGCACAGAUCCAUAUAUGGCAAUGGUCUAUUUGCAUAUAGGCCUACUGCAGCUCUGAUUUGGUUAUGCCGCGCCGGUCUGUGUAGAGUAGGGGCUGAGUACUGCGCGUCAAAGCAAUAGAAUCCUACUCGGAUGUGUUCUGCCUACAACAACAUCUCUUUAAUAGUUUUGCAUGCUAAGUCUUGCAUAGUUCGUUUUGUUUCAGUAUGUUGCAUUUAAAGUGGCUAAUAUUGCGUCGAUUCUAUCACAAUUGCCACAGUGAAGGGAAACGUUGAUAGUGUUAACUAACAGGGAAAACUCUCUCAAGCUUCUCUCCAUGGGCUGAUAUUUCUUCUGCUUUCUUCUGUUCAGCUGUCCCGGGGGAGCUGUGCGACAGUCUCGGGCUAAUGCGCGCCCUCGCGCAGCUUAGUGGGAACAUUGGUUAUAUGUAUCAAGUGUCUCAGAGUAGGAGUGCUGAUUUAGGUUCAGGUCCCCCCCGUCCAUGUAAUCGUCUUCAUUGUGAUCUAGAAGGUAAAACUGGUCCUAAAUCAGAACUCCUACUCUAAGACGCUUGAUACAUACAGGCCAUGGUCUGAAUUGAACUGAUUCAACAGAUCAUUAUCCCAUUAGCCCAGUUUAUUCACAUUUAUCCAAUUAGUGCAGCAACCUCUCCCAGACAAAGAGCUGCCCUGUGGGACAUUUACAGAUCAGACACUAUUAAACCACCCCAUCACUCUCCUGUUAACGUCAAUAGAUGUUUCCAUGGAAAUUAACAAAGGUCUAGGAAAGCCUGGGCUGUUCAAUGUCGGUCCUGGAGGGCCGAAAAACACUUCUGGUUUUCAUCCUCUCCUUCUAAUUAGGGACUACAGUAAUUCAGCUAUAGCUUGGUCCAGUUUUUCCUGGUGAGGUCAAGGGGUGAGGCAAAACUCCUGGCGGUAUUCUUAACAGAUAAUGUAGUAGUCUGGUGGGCCACAGAAACUAGUGUCCGUCCCUCCCUCCCUUUAUAGUGACAUCUGCCAUCACUCCCACACACAUUUACCUCUGCCUGUUGAAUGGUCAAUGUUAGGUCAAGUUGACCUUUUUUCCCUGAAAUCUUUCCCCUUCCUCCAGUGACAGAGAGUGUCACGGCGGAGAACGGCAAUCUGUAUGGCGACGCCAAUGACUCAUUGGCCAAUGGGGGUGCCAGCGGCGAAGAGGUGGAUGUAGAGGGGGCUGGGGCCAGUCCCAAGCAGGCCUUCUUAACCCUGGAGCAGGCUGAGGACAGGGAUAGGAAGUCCACCAUCAUGGAGGUGUUUAAAAAGGUAAUGCUGACCUCUGUUGUUACUCAGCUGGCUCUAUAGCGGUCAUAUAUUUAUGGAUUUUUUAUUUUCUAAAUACAGUAUAGAAAGUCAACACCCCCUUUCAAAAUGUUCACCUUUUGUUGCCUUACAGCCUGAAAUGAAAACAUAAAAUCAGACUUUUUCCAGCUUUAUUUACACACGGUAACCCACAAUAUCUAAGUUAAAAAUAAAAAAUUUAAAACUCUGAAAAUUAAUUACAAUUAAAACAGUACAAUACCCUAUUUGGAUAAGUGAACACCCCCCUGAGUUAAUACUUGGUGGAACCACCUUUUGCUUGAAUUACAGCCAUGAGUCUCUUUGAAUACGUCUCUACUAACUUUGCACACCUAGACUGCAAUAUUUGCCCAUUCUUCCUUGCAGAAUUGUCCAAGCUCAGUCAAAUUGCUUGGUGACUGCUCAUGGAUUGCACUCUUCAAGUCAUUCCACAGAUUCUCGAUGGGAUUUAGGUCGGGGCUCUGACUAGGCCACUCAAGGACAUUCACCUUAUUGUCCUUCAGACACUGUAUGGUUGCUUUGGCGGUGUGCUUUGGGUCAUUGUCAUGUUGAAACGUGAACCAUCUUCCCAUUUUCAACUUCCUGGCAGAGGGCUGCAGGUUCUCCUCAAGAAUCUGUCAGUAUUUUACACUGUCCAUUUUCCCUUCUAUCCUGACAGUCCCUGCUGAAGAGAAACACCCCCACAACAGGACGCUGCCACCGCCAUGCUUUACUGUAGGCAUGGUGUUCUUUUGGGUGGGAAAGAUGUAUUGGGUUUUUGCCAGACAUAUCGUUUUGCAUUCAGGCCAAAAAGUUCAAUAUUGGUCUCAUCUGACCACAGCACCUUUUGCCACUUGGCCUCGGAAUCUACAAUGUGCUUUUUGGCAAAGCUCAAACGAGACUUGAUGUUGCCAUUUUUUAGGAGUGUUUUUUUUCUUGCCACCCUCCCAUAGAGGCCAGAUUUUUGGAGCGAUUGUGAUAUUGUGGUCACAUGCACACAUUGACCAGCCUAUGAAAUAAAGGCCUGGAGCUCCUUCAAAGUCGCCAUUGGCUUCUUGGUAGCCUCUCUGAUUAGUCUCCUGCUUGCCCGGUCAUCCAGUUUGGAGGGACGGCCUGAUCUAUGCAGGGUCUGGGUGGUGUCAUACUUCUUCCACUUCUUAAAUGGUCUUAACUGUGCUCCGAGGGAUAGACAAAGCCUUUGAAAUCUUUUUAUAUCCAUCCCCUGACUUGUGCCUUUCCACAACUUUAUCUCCUAGAUCCUUUGAAAGUACCAUUCUGCCCAUAGUGGAUUCUUUGCUUUGAAUUGCACUACUAAGCAGUGGAGUCCUAUAUGAACAACUGCUUUUAUUCUGAACUAGUCAAAGUCACUACAAUUGAUCACAGAUGGAAGCCAAUUAGCUUGAUUUUUGAUCUGGAAGGUGGUUGGUUAUACCUCAGCAAGUUUGCAAUUGCAAUUCUAAGGGGGGUGUUCACUUAUCCAAAUAGGGUAUUUUACUGUUUUAAUUAUAAUUAAUUUUCAGUUAAUUUUUUUAUUACUUGGAUAUUGUGGGUAAAUAAAUCCGGGAAAAGUCUGAUUUUAAAAAAAAAGUGUUUUCAUUUCAGGCUGGUGACAUUUCUAUACCCACUGUAAUGACUCUGGUCUAUAGUUGAGGUCCAAUCCCUACCCUUUUCUGAAGUGUGGACUUGUUCACUCCCCUACAUGGAUUUAAAAGCUCCAGAGUAGUUUAAGGUCUAGAGAGAGCUUCCACCAUAUUUCUCUCUGUCUCUCUUCAGAUAUGGGUGAUGGCGUUCUGUGUAGUUUUUGUCUUCACCGUCACUCUCGCUGUGUUCCCCGCCGUCACUGUGGACGUCAAGACCAAAUACCCUGGGAAAUGGGGUAUGUAUACACUUUUAGAACAAUCGGUUUCGAAAGGGUUCUUCGGCUGUCCCCAUAGGAGAACACUUUCUCGUUCCAGGUAGAGCCCUUUUUGGUUCCAGGUAGAACCCUUUUAUACCUGUAACCAAAAAGGGUUCUUUAAAAAGUUAUCCUAUGGGAACAGCCGAAUAACCCAUUUUAGGUUGUAGAUAGCACCUUUUUUUCUAAGAGUGUAGAUAUGUAUGCUGUAUGUUUAAUAUGCAUGUCAUGAGCCUUAAAACUCCUAUUAAUCACCUCUCUCCCUCUUCCCACCAUCAGAACCCUAUUUCAUCUCUGUGUGCUGCUUCCUCAUCUUCAACGUGUGUGACUGGAUCGGCAGAACCGUCACCACCUUGGUCCAGUGGGUAGGUGUCUGAUCUCAUUUCAUCUCUGUGGAUGAAUGUCAUUUUAUUACACAUUUCAUAGGAUCACAAUGGAUUUGAUUUAUGAUACAACCUAAGUUUCUCAGUGUUUUAUAAUCCUUCACUUUCUUUCCCAGAAUGAAAGUUUUAGUUAUUAGUAUUACAUUUAGUUAUUAUUAUAAAAUUAUUUUAUUGUGUCUAUAAAACCUUGUAUAUCAGUAACAUUUCUCUCUGUAUGUGUACCACAGCCCCCCAAGGAGAGUCGUCUGUUCCCAGGGCUGGUGGUCUCCAGGGUGGUGUUUGUUCCUCUACUGAUGCUGUGUAACGUCCAGAGCCGCUCCUACCUCCCCGUCCUCUUCUCCCACGACGCUGCCUUCGCUUUCAUCAUGACGCUCUUCUCCCUGUCCAGCGGCUACUGCGUCUGCCUGUCCAUGUCCUACGCCCCACAGUGAGUAGAAGUAACACACACACACCAUACGUCACAGUCCACUGUCAUAACAUUAUGUCAGUUAUGCACAUAUUGACUCCUCCAAUCUAAUUGUCAUGGUUUGUCACUCUGUUUAAUCAAGUUCUUGUCAACACUUCUCUCCCACACACACACACUCUGGAAUUCUCUCUGUCACCUGUCAUACUGUUUCUGUCACCCAACCACACUUUCUACCCCAUGCCAACUUCCUUGUUACGACUGUAACACCACAACAAAACCUACUCUAUAUCUGGGGUAUAUUCAAUAGGAACCAAAAGGGCAGAAACCGGAAGGGGCCUACCCGAAUUUGUCCAAUAAGAAACACUUGUUUAGUUUUUUUCAUUGUAAAUCAUUUUGCUACAGUAUGCUUAUGAAUACACCCCUGUCUCUCUCUCCUCUCUCUCCGUCUCCUUCCAGGUUGGUGGCUCCCAAAGAUGCAGAGACGGCAGGGGCCCUGAUGACUUUCUUCCUGGCGCUGGGCCUCUCCAUCGGGGCCGGCCUGUCCUUCCUGCUCCGCCUACUAGUCUAGACACACACACACACACACAC